AUGUCCGGAGGGCCAACGAAGAAGGAUGGAAGGUCUCAGUUGUGUCGAACUCUCCUAGCCGAAGCUGAAUUUUUCAUUGAUGAGGGGCGUAACCUCUCUUUGAUUGAGCCUCCAAUAAGGUCUGCCCCAAUUGUGUUUGCAAAAAGUUCCAAAUGGGCCGAACAAGUGCGACGGGGUUUCUGUAGAGGAGAGACAGAGGCUGCAGACAUUUGGAAUAUGGAGCUUCCAUACUCAGCUUCUGGAACACUCACAUGGAUUAAAGCUGGUUACUGGUAUUCUGGUAGCGAAUUCCCUACCACUGAUAUAAUUUCAAGUCUCUUCACUCACCUUAUAUGUGCUUAUGCAGGCCUCAACUCUUCCACAUACCAACUCUCCAUCUCUGCUUCAGACGACAACUACUUCUCCACCUUCACCGACACCAUCAAGCAAAAGAAUCCGUCAGUCGUAACCCUUUUAUCCAUUGGUGGUGGACUAGCCAACUCUUCACUCUAUUCUUCAAUGAUCAGCCAAUCUUCUUCUAGGCAGUCUUUCAUUCAGUCUUCAAUAAUAACAGCAAGAUUCUAUGGGUUUCAUGGCCUAGACUUUUGUUGGGUUUCGCUGAGUACUGAAUCUGACAUGGCCAAUAUGGCCAUCCUUCUUGAUGAGUGGCGAAUCGCUAUAGAAUCCGAGUCAAGAAACUUUCGUAGGUCGCAACAUAUUCUAACAAUGGCUGUUCACUACUCACCAUAUCUUGGUGAUUCGGUUAGUUUUCCAAUUGAGGCUAUGUGGAGGAACUAA